AUGGUGGAUUGCUCUGUUGUUUUGCUAUGCGAAUUUAGGUGGUGGCUGUGCUCAGUGAUUGCCUCCGAAAUCCACGCUAUCCUCUCCCACCACACACGGCGUACGAUGUCGGCCGUUCGCAAACAAGCUCCACGUCUAGCACGACCAGCUGCGCGCUACUGGAAAGGCAAGGCACCCAAAGGCGUCACCGAAGUCGACUCGGAUUCCGAUGCUGAGGACGCCGGCUUGCAGGAAGAGUUUCCUCCAGAGCAGGAUGAGUCGGAGGAGGAGAUUGGCGAGUUUGGGAUCAAGCAGGAGGAGGUGGUGGUGGUGAAGCCGAAAGUGCUGAAUAUCGCAUUGAAGGAUGUUAGUGUGUCGAAGGACGGCAAGGUUAUUGUGGCUGGACGAGAGGAGUCUGGGCGGACGGCGAUGGAGCAGGAGGACGAAGGCUUGUUUAUCUCAUUUACGUGUGGCUGCGAUGCUUAUUCUCUUGUUGGCGAACAGAAACGUCGGAGGAAGAGGAGGAAUCAGAAGAAGAGACUAAGCCCAAGAUUGCUGGCGCUGUCAAGGAAGAAGAGGAGCGAAUACGAAUCUGAUUCUGAGGAGGAAGAGAAGGUGGAAUUCCGGCCCGUGUUUGUACCAAAGCGUGCACGCGUAACGAUAGCUGAGAAGGAGGCUAUUGCUCAGGACACGGAAGAGGCUCUGCGGAAGAAAGAGCUGGAAGCUGAAGAGCGGAAAAGGCAAAGCCACGACCUGGUUGCUGAAACAAUCCGCAGAGAAUUGGCAGAGAGGGAGAAGGAAGAGGAGAUUCCAGACGUUGACGAUACAGAUGGGUUGGAUCCUGCUGGCGAGUUUGAGGCAUGGCGGUUACGAGAGCUCGGACGAAUAAAGAAGGAGAAGGAAGAGCAGCUGGCACGCGAGAAGGAAAGAGAGGAGAUCGAGCGACGAAGAGCCUUGCCGGAGGAGCAGCGCCUGAAGGAGGACUUGGAGCGUGCGCAGAAACUUAGGGAAGAGAAACCCAAGGGCCAACAGAAGUUCCUGCAAAAGUACUGGCACAAAGGAGCAUUCCAUCAGGACGAGGAAAUCCUCAAGCGGCACGAUUUCACGGAAGCCACAGAAUCUACAUUGGACGUUUCGUCGCUUCCAAAGGUCAUGCAAGUGAAAAACUUUGGAAAACGGAGUCGAACAAAGUACACGCAUUUGGUAGACCAAGACACGACAAGCGGGACGGGUGGGUUUGGCGGUGUCGCGCCUGUUCGUUCGGGAGGAACUGGGUUGGAAGCAGGGGGUUGCUUCCUAUGUGGUGGGCCUCAUCUCAAGAAAGGUAACGCUCUCGAGGCCUGUCGCUUCCCUUGUGAUUCCUGA